AUGUUCAACGGCAGCUUCGCCUGCGCCUGCGGCCCUGACAAAAUUUUCCUCUUCCAGAGAAGUGAAAAUAUUCAUGAGUUUUACCUGCAGCGGCAAAUGCUGCUUUUGUGCGAGCCCAGCCCGGCGUCACUGGUGAGCGGACGCGGCCAGCACACCGUCACCAGCCUCUCCGCCGACCCCUCCGGCACUACCUUGGUCCUCUCGACGCACUCGGGGCAGAUCUUCACCAACGCCAUACCUGCUCUCGAUGAUAGCCUCGUCACAUCUUCAGUAUUCCGCCCCCUGCACACUCACCACCACGUAGGGGCUGUGAUUUCGGCCGACGUGUGUCAAUGGAAGACCUACUGCGCCACCAUCGGGCGUGACAGGACCUUCCUACUGUGGGACUACAGCCUGCAGGAACUACUCUUGCAGGAGACCUUCAAGGAAGACCUGUACAGCGUCGCCCUGCAUCCCACUGGUCUACACGCCGCGGUGUCACUUACGGACAGCGUGCGGCUGUACCACGUCAUGAUGGCGGGACUGCAGCAGUAUUGGGAGGUGCUGCUUGGGCAGGUCACUAGUCUGCACGCGGCCGUGUCACUAACAGACAGCGUGCGGCUGUACCACGUCAUGAUGGGGGGACUGCAGCAGUAUUGGGAGGUGCGCGUACGGCGCUGCGGCAGCUGCAGCUUCAGCCACGGCGGGCAGUACCUGGCGGCGGCGGACGGCAGCGUCGUGACUGUGGUGCACACCAUAGCGCUCAGGCGGCACCUCGCGCUCAAAGGACAUGCCGGCAAGAUCCAGUGUGUAGGAUGGCACCCCGGCGACCACCAGGUCUUCGCUACAGCUGCUGAGGGCGUCGUGCUCGCCUGGGACGUGGCUACGGGCACCACCGCUCUCCAGCUGCAGACGGCUCAGGGCUGUCAAUAUUUCAAGACGUUCCUCUCACUGGACAGCAAAGCCAGCCUCAUCGCUGGCAGCUCGUCUCACCUCGUCGAGGUCUCAGGUGGCCAGUUGAUGCAAGAAGAGGCAGUGGAGGACGUGAGUUGCGUGGGCGUGGCGCCCGUGAAGACGUUGCUGGCGCUGGGGCAGAGCUCGGGGGCGCUGCUGCUGACGCGGGCGCCCCGCAGCUUCGCGGCCGUGGGCCCCAUGAGGUCCUCGCCCGCCCACGCAGGCCGGGUCACCGCGAUCUGCGUGACGAGGGACGAGGGUUGCCUUGUGACGUGCGGGGAGGACGGCGUCGUGGUCGUGUGGGGCGUGGCUGACGUGUCGCCCGACGCCCCAGGGGCGCUGGUGGCCAAGGAGCGUCUCCUCAACCUGCCUCCUCUGGCGCCUGAGAUGCUCGUCACGCGGCAACAACUCGAGACGACCGAACGCCAAGUGCGCGAGCUGAGCAACGAAGUGCAGUACCUGACGCGUGACAAGCGCCACCACCUGACGCUGCAGCAGCAGCAGCACGACGCCGCCUUCGCAGACCUCCAGCGGCAACACCUCCACCAGAUACAAGAGCUUCAGCACCACCUAGAGGUUAGUGCUGCCCUACACCUCCACCAGAUACAAGAGCUUCAGCACCACCUAGAGAUACAAGAGCUUCAGAACCACCUAGAGGUUAGUGCUGCCCUACACCUCUACACUCUACACCUGCCCUACACCUUCAACACAACCUAG